UUCUUUCAAAUUUAAUGCCAACCUAACAAAACAUAAAUUCUACAGUGUGAUUUUUUAAAAAUGAAUUUCGAAAGUCGUGUAUUUCAGUUUCAACACUAAUCUAAUUUUGUUUCAUCCCCGAGGUUCAUAAUACAGUCCACCCCUUUGUUAGAAUAUAAAUCACCUGAUCACUUGUAUACAUAACCUCACUUUUAAGUUUACGAAACGUCAAAGCAAAAUCGAAAAGGGGCGUCGAAUACAAUAAUGAGUAAACAUCCCUACAAUUACGGGGCUACUGCGUCCACUGACGUGGGUUUCAUGGGUAAACGCUCCCCCGAAUUCAACAAUUUAUGCGACAAUGUCGUUACAAAUAUCUACACAAUCAAUUCAAGCCUAAAGACCUUAGAUAACGCUUUAAAAACAAUCGGAACCAGAAAAGACAAUCAGGGAUUAAGAAGUUCAAUACACGUCACUCAAUUGAGCACAAACCAGAUAGCAUCAGUCACAAGCAAAGAUAUUCAUAAGCUUAAGCAACUUGUAUCCAAAAGCGAAAAACAGCAGCAGUUACAAGUAGAAAAGUUGGAAGAGAAUUUCAAAGAAGCAAUUACGCGUUAUUAUUCGUUGCAAAAAGACUUGGCCAAUAAGCAGAAAUCACAUUUAUUAGUUUCUGUAAGCAUAGAAAAUGAUUAUUUGCCAGAAGAAGAUACAGAACUACAACGGCAAGCACAGCUUGCACGUGAAAUGGCGUUUGAAAAAGAUAUGCUCGUGGAAAGAGAAGCUAGGAUUAAACAGAUUGAAGCCGAUGUACUUGAUGUAAAUGAAAUUAUGCGCGAAUUGGGGUCUUUAGUACACGCCCAAGGGGAAACGAUCGAUACUAUUGAAAAUAGCAUAGACCAUGCGACUGGUAACGUGGAGGAAGCGACAGAACAGUUAAUGACAGCGGCCAGUUAUCAGAAUAAGUAUAGGCGUAAGUUGCUAUUUUUAGUACUGAUAGGACUUGCAAUAAUCGUAACUAUUAUUAUAAUACUAGUUGUAGAGUUAAAAAAGUAGCUGCGUAAUAGUAUUUUUCUUUAUACUCAAACCUGUUUUUGUGAUGAAUACCAACUGCUUGUUACGUUUAUAUUAUACACAUACAGUUUUAUACUAACUAAUCUUAUUCAUAGAAUUUAUAUUUAUUUAUGUAAUUCUUAUAAUCACCUAAAAAUAUUACUGAGUGAA